CCCGCCGCGGCUCUGGCCUUGGGGAGGGCCGGGUGGAGCCCUGUUUUGGUUUGCUCCGUUGCUGAGAUAGGGCCGCGCGGGUGCCCUUGCUGCGGGGGCUCUCGCGAGGUGCCAUGGCAACUUUAUCGUCCUUCUGCCUAUCUGCAGAGACGGGGAGGGGAACCGCAAGGGAGAGGCACUGAGAUGCUCUCUGUCCAUCCCCCCACCUGAUGCCACAUCUGGAGCUUUAGAAAUGUGCUGAAACAGCAGCUUAUUGCUGUGGCUGAGUCCCUGGGAUCCGUCAACUAGGUACCUUGGCGUCGUCUCCCUGGCCAAGACGGGUGACAUCCCGGCCGGUGUGUGGUGGCCCCUGCAGCACCUUUAGCACCUUUAGCUCAGGCAGAGCUGCCUCAGGUGGCACAAGACACCGAGCUGCUGAAAGUCUCUUCAGGGAUGUUCAUUCAAGCUCAAGUCCACUCUUUGCCCCAGCUCCUGGCUCAGACCAACUACUUGUCACAUGGAGGAAAAAAGCCAACUAGGGCAAGCCAUUGAAAUAAAAGCAGGAGUGAGCAGAAGCUCUAGCCGGUGCCUGCGUUUCAGCCACAGCCCAGGCCAGCCCGCUCACGGGCUGGUUCCCCUUGGAGAGCCAGCACAGUCCACCCUGCCUGAGGACAAGUCUCAGCAAGGGGGGCAGCCCCAGGGCUUCAAGGCUAAGGCUGAUGGCUAAGAGGCAGGAGGCUUGAGGGUCGACCUCCAGCCCUGCCACUGCUCCACUCCACGUCCCUGGGGGAGUUGCUUCACCUCCACGGGGCUUCAGGAAAGAUGAGGAAUCAUGGUGGGGUCUGCCAGAGCAGCGUGUUGGGAUGGAGGGUGAGGUGGAUGGAGGGAAAGGAGAAGGUUCAUUGAAGGGACAGAAGGAGAGAAGGAUGGAUGGGGAAGAGGAGAUUGGAAGAGGAGGAUAACUGCAGAUUUCUUAGCCUCUCCACAGUUGGUCUAACCCUCAAGACAUGUGGUCUCUGUGGGGCUCUCUCCAUGCUAUUGCCCUGGGGUUGAGGUGAAAGCCCAUGCUGGCAGCAGGAGGUCAGCAGGAUCCCUUCUGGGACACGCAGGAGGCAACCAACUACCGCCUGGCGCUGGAGCGGAUGGCAGACGACAUCCUGUCCCUCCGCCAGCACGUCGCAAGCCUGGAGGUGGAGAACAGCAACCUGCGGCGCAGCCUCGCGAUGCACGAGGACCCGGGCCGCACACUGCUCAGCGACAUUGACGUGGACGUCAUGACCAGGGCGGAGAUCCUGGACAGGAUUGCCACCCUCAAGUGCAAGCUAGCAUCUGGCACAGUGGAGAUGAGGAGUCUGAAGGACCGUGUGCAGCAGCUGCAGAAUGAACUGAUUCGGAAAAAUGACCAGGAGAAAGACCUGGUGAUGCUCCAGAGAGCCCACCAGCAGCAGCAAGCUGUGCUGAGGAGAUACGAGGAGAAGGUGGCCAAGAUGAAGGGCCUGGAGGAGACAGUGAGGCAGCAGGAGAAGGUGAUUGAGACGAUGGAGCGGAUGCUGGAGGAACGGCUCUCCGAGGCGGGCAGGAGCACCCAGAAACCGGCAGGCGAAGCCCUGGCCAGGGAGCUGUACGACCCCCGGUCGCUCCGCCGCCGCAAGCCUUACCGCACAGCCGAUGUCUUCAGCGGCUCGGAGAAGGUGUCUCUGCUGGCCAAAUUGGAGAAGGAGCAAGCCCGCAGCCGUGUCCUGGAGAGCCAGCUGGAGGAGGCCUCAAGGAGGUGGGGACGGGAGAAGCAGGAGCUCAGCACACGCUUGCUGGAGCAGGACCACGGCUUCAGGGGUUGGUCCUCCAGCUUCGCCCAUGACCUGGCCAUGAAAAUGCCACUGGACCCCACGGCUCCUGUGAAGAGACACCAAACACUGGACCCUCUGCCCUAGCGCACGGCAGAACUGGAGCAGUGAGGCUGUGGGAGGUGUUUCUGCUGGUCUGUGGCUGCCCUUGAUCUCCCCACCCUGGGACACGCUUUGCACAGGACUCUGGAGAAAGAUUCAGAAAUGUACUGUUCAUGCUCAUGAAGAGUAUCCAGUGCUUUUGCUGCAUGACUAAGUUACAGAGCAAAUCAGAGGGGAAGCAAAACAUUAGCAGAUCUCAGAGCAGCAGGACAGCUGGUCCCCGCAUGGUCCAAGCAGCACGUUCCCCCAGCCUCUGGGGACGUGCGGAGGAGCCCCGAGGUCUGGGGGUGCCUCAAGCAGCUAUGGCAGGGAGCCGGCAGUGCCUGGCAAGGCUGGGUGGGCUGGGGAAGGAAAUCACCCCCGUCAUGCCUCCCUCUGCUGCCAUCCCACACCCUGUCACAGAGCAGACCCCUUUUCCAUGGUGAACAUAAAAGCAGGGAGGGCUGAGACAUGGGAGCCCCUGAGCCCUGGCAGGGGAUGUGCCUCGGGGCUCCUUGCCCAGCGUGAACCACCCCAGGGCACAGGCGAUGCUGAGAUUAGGUUCCUCUGCUUUAUCUCCCCAGUGGCGUAAGCGCAGCCUUGAGUGAACUGGAGCAGAGGCAGGGGGCACAAAGCCAAGGCUGUAGCCGUGAAAGCUUCACAGCUUUCUCCCAAAUCAUAUCCUUUUGCUGGAGUCUUAUUGUAACAUCACAGGGAGCUUUCCAGGAUGUAAAGCAUGUGCCAGGCUGUCAGAGACAUGCAGGCGCGAUUCCCCUCUAACUGGGACCAGCUCGGUCCAACACCUGCUGUCCUAGCCCAGUCCCAGGAUCUCCAGGGAAUGGACUCUUCUGCCCCCUCAGGCCUGGGACUCCAGAGGCCUCAAGGUGAGGUGGAUGGGUUUGUCCGGGAUCAGGAUGAGAUCAAACUUGGUCCCGACUUCCACAGCCCUCUUGGUUUCAAUCUUGAAGUUCUCCAGCAUCUGGAAUGGAGGGAAAAAGCAGGUGGAAAAUGCCAAAGAUGAAAAUAUAAGGAGGUCCCAAGGGCCAGACAGGGGCUGGUUUCCCUCACUGUUGGUUUCGGCUCUGCACAGGGCUUUGCUGGACUGUGUACUCAGCUCUUCAUCACCUUUUCCCACUGCAAGGUACUGCUGACACAACCAAGUUGUCCCCACGGAGCGUGUGAGCCCUCCCCAAUCCCUGUCAGUGCAAAGUCAGCCUGCUCCACUGACCAUGUCCAGCACUGGGAUGCGGACUGCACCUCCUCGUAGCAGCAGAGAGCUCAGUGGUGAGGGUGGCAACAGGAUCCAUGACUUCUCUGCUCCACAGCAAGGUUGUUAGAGCGUGCCCUGGGCUAUACCAAGUCCCUCAAGGGUGCAACGUCUGAGCAUCUUGCAGCCUUCGAUCCCUUUCCCCUCUCACUGGGAGAGCCUCCAACCAGGCACUGAGCCCUAACUCUGCCCAGCAGUGCCCAUCUGCGGGAGUCAACGGGCUGCGGCAGUGACCCAGCCUGCUCCUCUGAAGCUGCGGAGGGAGCAAGAGGGUUCCCCCCCAUAGUGGCCUAGUUGCCCUGACUCUCCCCCACGGCAGCUGGGCUCUGCUGGCAGCAAGCUUACGUGGAUGAGGAAGAGCUGCAUCUCCAGCUCGGCGAUCCUGCGGCCCAGGCACUGGCGCGGUCCAAAUCCGAAGCCCAGGCCCUUGAAGUAUUUUGAACCCGUUGCCAGCCAGCGCUCAGGGUUGAACUGCUCUGGCUUGGGGAAGACCUUAGGAUCCCGGCCCAUGGCGUAAAGCCCGACCUGCACCAGCGUCUGUGAAGGAGUGAAGAAGGAUGAGCCCCACGGCCUCCCUGCUGCUCUGCAAUCCCCUGCUGUGGCCACGUGGCUUCAUCUGUGCUUUGGAAACCAGCAGUGCCAGGGCUGUGUGCGGUGGGGAAAGGUGGUGCUGGGCUGGGCCCCCUCCCUGGCCACAGCCAAGCACCAUGGCUGCCUCACCAAGUCACCAGGCUGUGCCCAGCAUCCCAGAUCUCCUGGGUCCCACCUCCAUUCAGAGUCACUUCUAAAGCAGAGAGGGGCUGAGGAAAGAUUCUGGUUUUAUGC